UUCUUUAAUUGCUCUGAAAACAAACACACUCUCACAUAACACGGAAGGUGAGAGCUGAAUGAAGUUUUCUGGGUAAUGGCUUGAAAUGUUUUCCUUAUGAGAAGUGGUGUUGAGUUACAGUGUGCAGACCGAGAACUGGGAGGAGAGAAGCCGCAGCCCCAACCGGGCCCCCACCUUUCCUGGGGCUUGUAGGAAGGUGGACAUGGGCUUAUGGAGAUGAGAUGAGUGAUCUGUUGAACUGUCUGGUGGCUGGAAUCGACUGCUCCCAGAGUGACCAAAGGGCAGUAUCGAGCAGGGCUUCACCAGGGGCCAGCUGAGCAGGCACGGAUGCUCUGCUGUGAAAUGCCACGCAGGCAGAGACUGACAAGCCGUAGGAGCUGAGCUCUCCCCUUGGACGGCUGCUUCCUGCUGUGUUCACGGGAGGGGGGCGCUUUCUGGCAACUUGGCUGCUGCAGCUACUGCUACUGCUACUACUUCAGCUCCCUCUCCACUCAAGGUAAGCAGGCUCAGAGGGAGGGCAGGCUGCAAGGGAAGCCUUUGUACCAUGAACAAGAUCCGAAAGUUUUUCCGAGGAAGUGGGCGAGUCCUGGCAUUUAUAUUUGCAGCUUCUGUCAUCUGGCUGCUCUUUGACAUGGCAGCUCUCCGCCUCUCAUUCAGUGAGAUCAACACUCAGAUCCUGAAGGAAGACAUUGUUCGGAGGGAGCGGGUAGGGUUCAGAGUUCAGUCAGACCAGGUGAAGAGCCUUGACAGCAGCAGGACAGAGAGGAAACCCCCACGGAAGGGACACGGGAAGGGCGUGUGGGGCAAAGAGAACUUUAGGAAGACUGAGGAGAGUAAGCUCAAGGUCGAGGAUGAUUUGGACCAAACCCAGAAGGAAAGAAAAGUACAGAACGCCCCGGGAAGAGGCAAGGUUGCGCCUUUGUGGCAUCCUGCGUAUAGGCAGACUCACCCAGUGACUUUUACCAAGUGGAAGACAGAGGGGCGAGACAUCCGACCUGCAGUUUCCUCUCGCCCCAUGACACCAAAGCAAACGACACCUCAGGGACUUGAGAAAACUCCAUUCAUUGCAGCAAGGGGAACUCCACUGGCCAAAGUAUCUGUGCACACAGGACCUGUCGGUAUAAACAAGCAGGGCCCGAAGAGCCAUGGUCUCAACAGUGACACAUCAAAGCAAGCAGCUGAGAGGUACCCCACUGUGACUACCAGUCUUAGUAAUGACAGAUUAAAGCAGCGGUACCAGGCAGGAGUAAAUGAAAGGAACUACUCUGCCAGCCCACCAGUGCCAAGACCCAGGGAAGCCAUAGCCUUAAAUAAAACUGAGACUCAGAGCAAAGAACUGAAUGCAAAUAAACACAAAGCCAAUAAGAACCUUACCUUUUCCAAGUUCAUUGCCAAUUCAGACCGCUUAAAGAAGCCAUCUAUUAAUGAGAUACAGUGGGGAGGCUUGCUGAAGGAUGACAGAGCCAAGGUGGCUGGUGGGAAGAAACUCAAUUUGUCUGAAAGCCAUGUAGUAAUUAUAACCAAGGAGGAGGAGCUAAAGACAGAUACCAGAGAGGCCCCCAAUUCCAUCACCAAAACUACAUCUACUAUAGUAUUGGGCAAAAGCCAAGAGAAACGCAUUGACAUGAAGAGCAAUGAGGCAUCUUUCUCUUCACUUGCUCUACAGAGAGCAGCAGUGUCUCAAACCAAUCGAGCCUUAACUGAGGGACAGGAGUUAGUAAAGAUCAACUUAACUGCCAAGACCCGGCCUGCACAACUCAACCAAAGUCAGACAAAAGCCCUUUCACCUGAAGAUGGCAGAAUGCACCGUGUGUUAAGAAUUGACGUGACACUUUCUCCAAGGGACCCCAAAGCUCCAGGUCAGUUUGGACGUCCAGUAGUUGUUCCCCACGGAAAGGAGAAGGAGGUGGAGAGAAGAUGGAAAGAAGGAAAUUUCAAUGUCUACCUCAGUGAUUUGAUCCCGGUGGACAGAGCCAUUGAAGACACAAGACCUGCUGGGUGUGCAGAGCAACUUGUUCACAAUAACCUCCCAACGACCAGUGUCAUCAUGUGCUUUGUGGACGAGGUGUGGUCCACUCUCCUGAGGUCUGUACAUAGCGUCCUCAACCGCUCUCCUCCCCACCUCAUCAAGGAGAUUCUACUGGUGGAUGACUUCAGCACCAAAGACUACCUAAAAGAUAACUUGGAUAAAUACAUGUCUCAGUUUCCAAAAGUUCGGAUUCUUCGCCUCAAAGAGAGACAUGGCUUAAUAAGAGCCAGGCUGGCAGGGGCACAAAAGGCAACAGGUGAUGUGUUGACAUUCUUAGAUUCUCACGUGGAAUGUAACAUUGGCUGGUUGGAACCUCUCCUGGAAAGAGUUUACUUAAGCAGAAAGAAAGUAGCCUGUCCAGUAAUUGAAGUCAUCAAUGAUAAGGAUAUGAGUUACAUGACAGUGGACAACUUUCAAAGAGGCAUAUUUGUGUGGCCAAUGAACUUUGGUUGGAGAACAAUUCCUCCAGACGUUGUUGCAAAAAACAAAAUUAAAGAAACUGAUAUAAUAAGAUGUCCCGUCAUGGCAGGUGGAUUAUUUUCUAUUGAUAAAAAUUACUUUUUUGAACUUGGAACAUAUGAUCCUGGGCUCGAUGUUUGGGGUGGAGAAAAUAUGGAGCUCUCUUUCAAGGUGUGGAUGUGUGGCGGUGAAAUUGAGAUUGUUCCCUGUUCCCGAGUGGGACAUAUAUUCCGAAAUGACAAUCCCUACUCCUUCCCCAAAGACCGGAUGAAGACGGUGGAGCGGAACUUGGGGCGGGUGGCUGAGGUCUGGCUCGAUGAGUACAAGGAGCUCUUCUACGGCCACGGGGAUCACCUCAUAGAUCAAGGGUUAGACGUCGGAAACCUUACCCAGCAGCGGGAACUUCGAAAGAAGCUAAAAUGCAAAAGCUUCAAGUGGUACUUGGAGAAUGUUUUUCCAGACUUGAAGGCUCCCAUUGUGAGGGCAAGUGGUGUGCUUAUUAAUGUGGCCUUGGGUAAAUGCAUUUCCAUCAGAAACACCACAGCCAUUCUGGAAGACUGUGAUGGGAGCAGCAAGCUUCAACAAUUUAAUUACACCUGGUUAAGGCUUAUUAAACACGGAGCAUGGUGCUUAGCUCCUGUGCCUGAUAACGGGGCCCUGAGGCUGCACCUUUGUGAUAACAGAAACAAAGGACUAAGAUGGCUGCAUAAAUCAACAUCAGUCUUCCGUCCAGAACUGGUGAACCACAUUGUUUUUGGAAACUAUCAUCAGUUGUUAUGCUUGGAAGGAAAUUUUACUCAGAAGACCCUGAAAGUUGCACCUUGUGACCCAGCAAAGCCAUAUCAAAAGUGGAAAUUCGAAAACUAUUAUGAAGACUGAAGAGGAAGUGAUAUUUUUAUCUAGUAAACCCACUAGACACUGUGAAUUUGACAGUGAACUUGGUGACCAUAUUUCCCCAUGCUAGUUUAAAAUUUUCAAAAUUAAUAACAUUUAAAUGGAAGAUUUUUUUAAAAAUCACAAUAUUUGAGAUACCAAAAUUUAACUCAGGGAGAAAAUCCAACAUUGGAUUGGAGUCCUUCUUCAGCACUAGGUGGCCUUUUAAAUUGCCUGCUUCUACUCUCUGCUGGAACAAAGCCUGCUAGUUGUCCCAUUCCAUCUAACAGGUAACCAGAAAUGAAGACAGAAGAACUUGGAAAAGCACAAUGAUAUUCAAUGAUGGCUGAUCAUAACCAGCAUUUUUGACCCACAAGUAGGUAUAAUUAAUGAGAACCUGGUCCUUUAGUUGCCAGUUUUUCAUCAAAAAUAAAAGAGGUAGAAGGAAAGAAAGAAAAGAAGAAGGAAAGAAAAUUACUUGAGUUCCUAGACUAAAAGAACUCAGAAACACACAGCUUUCACCUUGAUGAAAUCUCUCCCAACCACAUGUAUGUUUACCUAAUGUUAGAAAUAAUAUUAAUAUAAUACUCCUUGAUGGCAGGGUUUUGAUCUAGAUGACUGUAUAAUGUUUUUCCUACUCUGAGUCAGUGGAAAAUUUCUAAGUGAGGGAGUCAAAUGCUUAUUCAAUUCUAGACAUGGAUGUUUCCAUUCAUUUUGUGCUUUUAAACUGCACUUUAAAAAAUGGCCAUACAAGUAGCUUCUAGAUUUAUGUGGAUAUUAAACAAGAAAAAAAAAUGCAAAGAAAUACAGACUGCAUCACUUAACACAGUAGUAACUGAAAAUAAAUUUCAUCAUUGAACCUACUCUAAUAUAGAACCAAAUAAGAGGAGUUAAAAUGAAUAAAGCAGAAAUAGAGCACUAAAAAUAAGAAAGUUCUCUUAUGUGAAAAUCCUACUUUAUAUUCAGUAGCAUUCACACAGAUGAAGUAUGCUAAAAUAGGCUUUACAAGUUUUCAAGGUAGAAAUAAAGUGAAGGAGAUGUAAAGAAAGGGGAAGAGAAUGAUAACCACAGUGAAGAAGAGAGUUAAGAGAAAACUGUCCUAGAUUUAGCCAAAAUAAGGAAGGGGAUCUUGCACCUCUGUGGGGGAGAAAAGAAUAAAUGCCUAGAUGCAGACCUAAAGAUAACACUGAUAAGUUUGGAGAAAAUCCCAAUAUUACUUUGAUCCAAAUUGAGUACCUAAUCUUAGGUAUGCCUGCUGCUGCUGCUAAGUCGCUUCAGUCGUGUCAGACUCUGUGCAACCCCGUAGACGGAAGCCCACCAGGCUCUCCUGCCCCUGGGAUUCUCCAGGCAAGAAUACUGGAGUGGGUUGCCAUUUCCCUUUCCAUAGGUAUGCCUAAACUUAGUCAUACUGAAAGAUAUCUUAGAAAUUCUGAUAACGUUUGCAUUCAUUUGGUAGAAAUUUGAUGUCUAGCAGACACAUUACCUAUCUAAAAAUCCCAGGCCAGUUAGUAAGAGAAUCAGGAUUAGAAUUAGAAUCAGGAUUAGAUUAAAUUAGAUAUCUGGAAUCAGGAUCUCCAAAGAUGGGGCCACCAGCCUAACCAAAAUUGCUCCAUGACACUCUUAAAAAAAAAAAGCAUAAAUUUUUUGGUUGAGGUUGGGUGUCUGGAGAAUAAUCAUGCUACAUGCUUGUUAAUAUUUGUAAAAAAAAAAAAGAAAGAAAGAAACCUGUGCAAUUGAGUUGAUGGUGAAACUUGGUAUCCUUAGUCUGAUUUCCUAUUAAAACUUUAAUUUUAAUUCCCAAUUAAUUAUACAAAAACAGCAAUAACUAAGAAUUGGAAGGGGAAAUAGUUUUGAACAUUUGUAUCAUAUUUAAGAUAUUUUAUGUAAAUAAUUGAUAUUGCAGAUGAGAUGAGAAAAUUACUAGCAAAUGAGAUCAUUCUUUUCAAAACAGCGCCAUGUGGGGGAUAAAACAUAAGUUAGUUGCCAAAGGACUAAUUGAGUUGCUGACCAAACUCAAUGCACUGGAUGCCCUAUGCAAUUCUUUGUGUGAGUGAAAAAAUGUUGAAAGGUUUUCUGCCAGUCUAAUGAAUCUCUUUUUAUUCAAAAACAGUUUCCACCAUAAUUGUCAACUCUAUUCAGAAAAAGAUGAGUUAUGUUUUGGAUAGGUUUAUCUUUGGGCAUACCAGCUGAAGAAAUUCAAAUGUUUUUGCUCAAAAGAACCCUCUGUGACCUGUUCGGUGUAUUCUCCUCCUGGCUUUACCUUGACAUACUUAUUAUGUGAAGCUAUGUUUGAAUCCAUAUUGUCAGUAUAGCAAAGAAGUGUUUUCAUACAUCACAUGUUUGUUCUUGGGUAGAAUUUUUAAAACAGGUUUUACCAUGUUUUUCCCACUUACUCUAAGAAGCAAGGCAAUAAUCAGUAGUUAGAAAUCAUAUGGGCCUUAAAAGAGUAUGGACUAAUUGUGAAAUCUACUACCAACAUUCUUUUAAGCAAUGUGCUCUAAAUUUUUGUUUUCUGAAGACUGUAAUAAAGGUAUAAAUGCCUCUAGA